AUGGCUCCUAAAGAUUCUGGCGCCCCCUUAAUAAAGUCAAUGAAAAAAUUAAAUGAUAAUCAUCAAGAAACACCAAAAAUGUUUGGUAUCGUUUAUGUCCACUUUAUUGGGUUGGGUGUAACAGCGGGAGUUCAUCGUUAUUUUACUCACCGCACAUUUAAAGCAAGUCUUCCAUUAAAACUAUUCUUUUUGAUGAUGUACGCCGCUUCUGGACAGAAUAAACUUUUUGAAUGGGUUAGAGACCAUCGUGUCCAUCAUAAAUACUCAGAAACCGACGCAGAUCCACACAAUUCCAACCGUGGUUUUUUUUUCGCUCAUAUUGGGUGGUUAAUGAUAAAAAAACAUCCGGAAGUGAUUAGAAAAGGAGCUAGUAUUGAUAUGAGCGACAUAAAAAAUGAUCCAAUUCUGGUUUGGUUCGACAGAAACAUAAGUUAUCUCAUGAUAUUGUUCUGUUUCCUCAUUCCCUGUACGUUCAUGCGAUAUUAUUUAGAAGAAUCUUGGUUUUGGAGUUUUUUAUCUCAACUAGGCAGAUACGUGAUUUUGUUAAAUGUAAUUUGGUUGGUGAAUAGUGCAGCCCAUCUAUACGGAAAUAAACCUUAUAAUAAGACUAUUAAUCCAAGAGAAAAUUUGUUUGUGAGCAUAGUUAGUGUAGGCGAAGGUUGGCAUAAUUAUCAUCACACAUUUCCCUGGGAUUACAAAGCUUCUGAGUACGGAAAAUGGAACUUAACGACUCAUUUCCUGAAUCUUGCCGCAAAGUUAGGUUUAGCUUACGAUUUAAAAUCACCAUCUGAUGAAUUAGUAAAGAAAACAAUUGAUAAAGUUGGAGACGGGACUUAUUCGCAUUACGUUAACGAAAACGGUGACAUCGUAAAAUUGGGAUUAGAUUAA